CAAACGAGAGCCGUGCUCCCAUUUAUAUGGACUAAGAAGUCCCCCGAAGCGACUGAACUCCUUGUAGUUCGUCCCACUUCGUCUUGUUUUGAUUUUUUUCCCCUCUUCGGUCCGGGACGAAGUGGAGAGAUUUAGUUGUAUUUUUCUAGUUUUACACAUAGAGUAUAGAGAGAAGUAUAUCAUCCAGCCAAGUAUGGAGCUGAACUCUCUGCUAAUCCUCCUGGAGGCAGCUGAAUAUUUGGAGAGAAGAGACCGAGAAGCAGAACAUGGCUAUGCAUCAGUUUUACCCUUCGACAGUGAUUACUCCUUGAAGAAAACCAAAGCAGCCUCACUAUCUAGAAAAUCACAGAAUAACAGGUCAUCGCACAACGAGCUAGAAAAGCAUAGGCGAGCAAAACUUAGGCUAUAUUUGGAGCAGCUGAAGCAGCUUGUGCCGCUGGGACCUGACAGCAACAGACAUACCACUCUAAGCCUCCUGAAAAGAGCAAAAAUGCACAUUAAGAAAUUAGAAGAACAGGACCGAAAAGCACUGAACGUUAAAGAGCAGCUUCAGAGAGAACAUCGCUACCUCAAGCGCCGUCUAGAGCAGCUCUCCGUACACGGGAUGGAGCGCAUGCGCACUGACAGUAUGGGCUCCGUCCUAUCCACUGACUCUGAGCAAGAAGUGGACAUUGAAGGCAUGGAGUUUGCACCGGGAGAAAUGGACAGUAUCGGAAGCGCCAGCGAUGUCGACGACCACUACAGUUUGCAGAGCAGCUCCAGCGACAGCGGCUACACACAUUCCCUGAGACUUAAUUCCAGCCUCUUAUAGUGGCCAAAUUACUGGACCAACUCAGGACCAUCCAACUGAGGGCACUUAUGGAAAAAAACAAAAACAAAAAAAACUU